AUGUUUUUCCCCAGCAAAAGCCAGGCACUUUUUCUGACACCUCCUUUACUAUCUGUGCGGUCUCUUUCUUCCUCUUGUGCUGCUCCCAGAACCAUCGAAUACAAUAAUAUAGCUACUGAUUCUCAAUUUAGAAAUGCCAAGAUCCCAAGAUUUAGGCCGCCUGGUGCACCCACAAACGUGUCCAGAAAUGGAGGGAGGAACAAAGAAAUCCCAAAAUUCCGACUCUCAAAUGGGUCCAAAACGGGGCCGAGAAAUCUCGAUUCUCCUGAUUCGAGGGGAUUAUUUAGGCGGGGUGGAGACGACGGCACUGUUGUAAAUUUGGACAGAGGAAGGGUGUUGAGAUGGUACUCGGAAACCUUUCGGUAUUAUGCUGUAAAUUUAUGCUUGAAUGAGGGUAAAGCUCGUCACGCAAAUUUGAUCAAGAUUGGGAUUGACCCUGACAGUCAUUUAUUUGUUUCGUUAAUUAACUUUUAUGCUAAGUGUGGGGCUUUGAGCUUUGCGCGUAGGGUGUUAGAUGAGAUGCCUGAGAAAGAUGUAGUGUCGUGGACUGCUUUGAUUUCGGGGUUUGUAGCUGAAGGGCUUGGCCAAGAAGGUGUUCAGUUAUUUUGUGAGAUGAGGAGGGAAGGCAUAAGACCUAAUGAGUUCACGUUGGCAACAGUUUUAAGAGCUUGUUCCAUGGUCUCUGGUUUAGAAUUCGGGAAACAGUUGCAUGCUGAGGUUGUUAAAGGGGAGGCAUUUACAGAUGUUUAUGUUGGUUCUGCUUUAGUUGAUCUUUAUGCUAAGUGUGGCGAAAUGGAAUAUGCAGAUAAAGUAUUUUUCUUCAUGCCGGAGCAGAAUGCUGUAUCAUGGAAUGUUUUGCUUAAUGGGUAUACCCAACUUGGUGAUGGACAUAAACUUUUGAAUUUGUUCUGUAAAAUGACAGAGUCAGAUAUGAGGUUCAGUAACUAUACCUUGUCAACUGUUCUGAAGGGAUGUGCCAGUUCGCAGAGUUUGAGGGCAGGCCAGGUUGUUCAUUCAAUGGCAAUCAAGAUUGGGAGUGCCUUUGAUGAUUUUAUUAGUUGUGGUCUAGUCGAUGUGUAUUCCAAAUGUGAGUUGGCAAAUGAUGCACUGCAAGUAUUUAAGAUGAUCAGGGACCCUGAUAUUGUGACUUGGAGUACGAUGAUGAGUGGCCUUGAUCAACAAGGACAGAAACUAGAGGCGGUGGAGUUGUUUCAUUCAAUGAUGCAAUCGGGAUUGAGGCCUAACCAAUUUUCACUCUCAACUGUUGUUAGCGCUGCCACGGAUUUGGGUGAUCCACGCUUUUGCAAAAGCAUUCAUGCUUGCAUUUGGAAAUUUAAUUUUGAGUCCGAUUUGUCAGUUAGCAAUGCUCUGAUCACCAUGUACAUGAAACUUGGUUUAGUUUAUGAUGGUCUAAAGGUUUUUUCUGCGAUGAGUCAAAAGGAUGUGGUUUCAUGGAAUGCACUUUUAUCUGGAUAUCAUGAUGGUGAAAGUUCUGAUCAAGGACCAAUGAUUUUUAAGAAGAUGCUUAUAGAAGGCCUAAGACCAAACCAGUACACUUUAAUAAGCACUUUGAGGUCUUGCACUAGCCAGCUAAAUGCUAGUUUUGGGAAGCAAGUGCAUGCCUAUUUACUUAAGAAUAACCUUUGUACUGAUGGUCAUGUAGGAACUGCUCUGAUUGACAUGUACUCUAAGUGCAGAUGCCUGGAUGAUGUGGAGUUGAUUUUUAACAGAUUGAGUGAAAGAGACAUCUUUACUUGGACAGUUCUCAUUGCUGGUUAUGCUCAGACUGAUAAUCAAGGAGAGAAGGCCCUUGGCUUCUUCAAUUGGAUGCAGAGGGAAGGAGUCAAAGCUAACGAAUUUACUCUGGCCAGCUGCCUGAGGGCUUGCGCUGGGAUAGCAAGCCUUAUAAAUGGACAGCAGCUGCACUCCUGGGCAAUUAAGUCUGGACAUUUUUGUGAUGUAUAUGUGGCCAGUGCACUGGUUGAUAUGUAUGGAAAAUGUGGUUGUGUAGAUGAUGCUGAAAUGAUAUUUAAGAGCAUAGAAACCGUUGAUACAGUGCUGUGGAACACAAUGAUAUGUGGACACUCCAAACACGGGCAGAAUGAAAAGGCUCUUCACUCUUUCGAAGCCAUGUUGAAUAAAGAUGUGCAGCCUGAUGGGGUUAGUUUUAUUGGUGUCCUUUCUGCAUGCAGCCACAUGGGUUUGGUUGAAGAAGGAAAGAAGCAUUUCCACUUGAUGAGCGAAUUAUAUGGAAUUGCUCCUUCAGUUGAUCACUAUGCUUGUAUGGUUGAUAUCCUUGGCCGGGCAGGCAGGUUUAGCGAGCUGGAAAGCUUCAUUCAACAGAUGAAAAUAGCUCCAAAUACGUUAAUCUGGGAGACUGUUCUUGGGGCUUGUAAAAUUCAUGGAAAUGUAGAAAUGGGUGAAAAAGCUGCUCAAAAACUUUUUGAAAUUGAACCUGAUGAGGAUUCAAGCUAUAUAUUGUUGUCUAACUUAUAUGCAGCCAAAGGUAGGUGGAAUGAUGUCUCAAGAAUUAGAGCAUUAAUGUCGAGUAGAGGUGUUAAGAAGGAACCUGGUUGUAGCUGGGUUGGGGUCGAUGCCAAAACGCAUGUCUUCUUGUCUCAGGAUGCUUCACAUCCACAAUUAACUGAUAUUUACCAAAAGUUGGAGGACCUGCAUCAAAGACUUCAGUCGGUUGGUUAUACUCCAAACACACAUUAUGUGCUUCAUAAUGUACCAGAUGCCGAUAAGAAAGAAAAUCUCUUUCAUCAUAGUGAGAGGCUAGCUUUGGCUUUUGCACUUGUGAGCAAUGGCAACAGUAGAAGAAUUAGAAUCUUUAAAAAUCUUCGUAUAUGUGGAGACUGCCAUGAGUUCAUGAAGGGUGUGUCUGACAUUACAAACAAGGAAAUUGUUAUUCGUGAUUCCAAUCGCUUCCACCAUUUUCACAAUGGAAUUUGCUCUUGUAAGGAUUAUUGGUGAUUAUGACAUCGAUGAAUGAAGUGAAGUUGAAGUGCAUAAAAGGUCAAGUAUUAUAGCUGUUGACUGGAGCAAUUCUGAGUUCAAGACAUUAUUCACGCUGAUAACAUAUUAGACUUGCUUUCUAGUGGCUGGAAAUUCAGGUUCAUCUGCAAGCAUAGAAUUGGAGGAUUACAGUGAUGAAAUAUCAUCACCGAGUUCUUGACGAACUUAAUCCAGUGGAUACUUGAUCAACAUUCCAGAAAGUUUGGUAUUAGUGUUGCUACUGCUCUAUCCUCCCAAUAUUUGAUUCAAACGUUGAAAGAAUAUUGAGAAGGUACUCUACUGACGCGCAUGGCCUACAACCUGCUUUGAUCAUAUUUAUUAAAGUCAUCAAGAUUGCUUGCUCUGGCACAUGGCAUUGUGGGGAGCGUAUAUUAAGUUCAUUCUUUCAGCUGUAGGAGGCAAAGAGGCUAAUGAAAUGCAGAAUAAAGUACCCCUGUUUCCUACACUGUCAUCUCUGAAGCUGAUUUAGUUCGUCCAAGUACUUUUCAAGGAGAUUAAUCAGGCUUCCAGGCUAUUUGAUAGGACCCUGAAGGCAAGAGGUCUUUAAGAGAAUUUCACCUUUCUUUUCUUACAUAAAAUAGGACGCUAACAUGAUGAGAAUUUAAGUGUAAAAUUUCAUGUAAAUUAUUUGGAGUGAAGCUGGGUAUUUGUGGUUUGAAGAGGACGGAA